UUGCUGUCGUCGCCGUUAAAUAAGAAGGCCACCCGUUGAAUGCGUUUAACCGAAUACCAACAUCACCACACAAUAAUUACAACAUAAACGACAUCGUCAAAAGCAGUAGAAAAUAUUCAACUGCAUACCAGCACAAUAAAACGUUGACCAUAAAAGCCUCGCCGCCAAAAUGCUUCCGUUUCGGCCUGGAGUAGGCUGGCAAUCGCUCUUACUCAUGUGCGCACUGGCCUAUUGCAUUAAUGUUGCGAGCAGUGAGGGUCGAGUGGUUUGUUACUAUACGAAUUGGAGUGUCUACCGACCAGGCACUGCUAAAUUUAAUCCUCAAAAUAUAAAUCCAUAUUUGUGUACACAUUUGGUAUACGCAUUCGGUGGAUUCACCAAGGAUAAUCAAAUGAAGCCAUUUGACAAGUAUCAGGAUAUAGAACAAGGUGGUUAUGCUAAGUUUACCGGCUUAAAAACGUACAACAAGCAGCUGAAAACGAUGAUUGCCAUUGGCGGCUGGAACGAGGCCUCUUCACGCUUCUCACCUCUGGUGGCUAGUGCCGAUCGGCGACAACAGUUCAUAAAGAAUAUAUUGAAAUUCUUGCGCCAGAAUCAUUUCGAUGGUAUUGAUUUAGAUUGGGAAUAUCCAGCACAUCGUGAAGGCGGAAAGUCGCGUGACCGGGAUAACUAUGCGCAGUUUGUACAGGAAUUAAGAUCAGAGUUUGAACGCGAGGCGGAGAAGACUGGACGCUCGAGGCUGCUGCUUACCAUGGCUGUGCCAGCCGGCAUUGAAUAUAUUGACAAGGGCUACGAUGUGCCCAAGCUAAACAAAUAUCUGGAUUGGUUUAACGUCCUAACCUAUGAUUUUCAUUCCUCGCAUGAACCAUCGGUAAAUCAUCAUGCGCCUCUUUACUCUCUGGAGGAUGAUUCCGAAUAUAACUAUGAUGCAGAGUUAAAUAUUGACUAUUCUAUCAAAUAUUAUCUAAAAGCUGGAGCCGAUCGUGACAAGCUGGUAUUGGGCAUACCUACCUACGGACGUUCCUACACGCUCAUUAAUGAGGAGAGCACUGAGCUCGGUGCCCCUUCGGAGGGACCUGGCGAACAGGGUGAUGCUACCAGAGAAAAGGGAUAUUUGGCAUACUAUGAGAUUUGUCAAACACUUAAAGAAGAUCCCGAAUGGACUGUGGUGCAGCCCAACGAAAAUGUCAUGGGUCCGUAUGCCUAUAGGCGCAAUCAAUGGGUGGGUUACGAUGAUGAGGCCAUUGUGCGUAAGAAAGCAGAGUAUGUGGUCGCCCAUGGAUUGGGUGGUAUUAUGUUUUGGGCCAUAGAUAAUGAUGAUUUCCGUGGGACAUGCACUGGAAAGCCAUAUCCUUUGAUUGAGGCUGCCAAGGAGGCUAUGCUUGAGGCAUUUGGACUGGGCAUUAAUGAAGUAGCAAAGUCAAAUGGCCCGCAAAAGCCGUUACGCUCUAGAAGUCGGGACAAUGGCAUCACCAGCACCAGAAAUCACCUAACCUCCGAAGUAAACACAAGAAAGCCCAGUGCAACUCGACGACCUGGGAAUAGAGGCACCACAAAGACAACGUCCACUACCACUAUAAAACUGACCGAUGCUAAGGGACCCUCGCUGUACAUUGGUGGACGAGCAUCGACGACGCCACCACCGCCCACAACGCCCGAUCCCGGCUCUGACUUCAAAUGCGAGGAGGAGGGCUUUUUCCAGCAUCCUCGCGACUGCAAGAAGUACUACUGGUGUUUAGAUAGCGGUCCUUCUGGCUUGGGCAUUGUGGCUCAUCAAUUCACCUGCCCUUCUGGGCUUUACUUUAAUCCCGCUGCCGAUUCUUGCGAUUUUGCACGCAAUGUGCCAUGCAAGACCCAGAAACUGACAACUGCACGCCCUAUAAGCUCGACAAGCAGUACAACGACAACAACACUACGCCCUACCAGUAGCUACAAUCGUAUCACAGCAGCACCCGUGGCUCGACCGGUCUACCCACGUAUCACUAGCACAAAUCCCACCACCACAACAACCACUACCGCAGCGUCAGCGGAAGAUUCGCUAGAGUACGAAGAGGACGACGAUAACGCACAGACGUUAAGCAAGUCCACCGAUGCUGAGGAGGAUCCACAAGUCAUAAAGGAGCUAAUUGAUCUUAUACGUAAGGUCGGUGGCGUGGAGCAGCUGGAGAAACACUUACUGCGAAAUAAAGACGGCUCUAUAACUCUGAAAGAGAACGUGGCCAGCGGCGCACCGACAACACCUUCCACAAUUAGCAAGUCAUUGUAUGAUCGUGUUCUAAAUCGUCCUGAAACAUUGGGCACAUUUACACGUCAACGCCUCAAUGUUGUUAAAAUAAAGCCUACUGAAUCUGCUGAAUAUACCAGCGCUGCCGUCGCCGGCGAUGACAGCUCGCAAACAAACAAUUCAAAAUACUCAUCGGUACUGCGCGGCAACAGCCGUCAGGGACCACAAAACGAGGGCCUGGAAAAGCUUGCCGAAUUUGAUGGCUUUCUUAAGGACCGUAAGCCGUAUGUGACUAUUAAUCGCAAUCGAGGCACCACGCGCGAUGAGGAAGAAGAUGAAGUUACCUCUAAAGAUGAUGCCAGUAUGAGUGAGGAAGAGGCUGACUCCAAGCAAGAUCCGGUGAAUACAACGAGGCGUCCGCUUAGCUCUGUCACGCCAUCGUACACUAGUUUACGACGCUCCCGACCUACCACAACGUCCACAGCGCCCAUUGAAUCAGUGACGGAGCCCGAACAGCCCAUUGUUAUUAAGGAGCAAACACAGACUAAACACUAUGCGACAUUAAGCCGUACUCGUGGACGUAGCACAGAACGGCCGCAAAGCACAGCUUCUGAGUCAGAAAUUAUCUCGAACACCUAUCGCUAUAAAUACCUUGAACGGACGCAGCCCACAAAGAGCAGCGGUGCAAUUGAUGUCGCAGUUGAUGCUAAUGAUCAUGAUUCUGCUGAAGACGAGGAGGAAUACGAGGAUGAGCCACAACAGAAAAAAGUAACGGUACCAAGAAAUCAAAGCACCACUGCAACAUCAAAUACACGUAAAUACGCGAGCAUUGGCCGCAGAACCAAAACCACAACAAUCACAACAACAACACCACCAGAAACAACAACAAUUACAGGCGCUGAGACUGCCAAGGCCAGCACCCUCAACAACAACAAUAGAAGCAACACUGUGAAAAUUAAUAAUGUACCAGCAACCACAACUGCAUCAAUCAGCAUCCAAUCAGAUAUAGCCACUAUAACAACCACUAUCAUUAACACAACCACUGAACCAGUUGAAAGCACUAGCACUACUUACAUCCAUACUACCACCACUACCUCACCAACACCCACACCCACACCCACACCCCCAGUAUUAUCCACUAUCCAAACACCAACCACCAGCAUCGACUCCUUGAGCGUGGCUGAUGGUAUUACCGAUUUCUUAGAGUCACAAUUUACCACACUGCCACCGGCCAAUGAGCCAAGCGAUGCAGUCCACCUACCAGCACUUGACUUAAAAAUUAACAACUUAUCACAAGUUGCGGCCCCAACGACAACCGCAACAGUAACUACGACGGAGUCUGAACAAGCCAAAAUAAGAACCACUGGCAAUCAUGAACACAACAACAUUGACAACGACGAAGACGACAACGACAAUCAAAUAACCAAUGUUGAUAACGAGGUAACAACAAUUAAGACUAAGUAUACAACCAGUCAAAGACGCAUAAACACGACCAACAACAACUCAAAGAAAAGCAAUGCAGCAGCAGUCAACGAUGCUAGUCCCUACUUUGGUAACUCUCAAACUUUCAGUAGCACUGAUCCUACUGUAAAUAUCAUUAAAAGCACCUACUCUGGUAGAAGGCAACCACAAAGAACACAACUUGAACUGAAUACAACCGAACUACCUGUAAGCCCAACUAACAUCAACACGCUGGGCGGCAUAUCUAGUCCAAGACCCUUUGGUUAUCCCCGACGUCGCACACGUCCCAAUGCCACUAAACCACUUCCUACCAUAACAACAAACAGUACUGUUAAUAAUUACGAUAAUGAUAGCGAUAACGUAAACAAUACUCGACAUGAUGAUGUUGCGGGAAUAGGCAAAACGCGUCUAUCCAAAGUGGAUAGGCCCAAGGUGAGUGCCAAUAAUACUCAAACGUUGUUGGACCCUAGCACAAAAACCCAACCAACAACACCCAAAUCUAACACAACAAACGCAAUACGCACUCAAAAUAUAGUAGAUUUAGACGUAGCUGGUAAUGGUGGCAAUAUAAUAAGGCAUGAUGUAGUUAGCACCUCUACUUUAAGUACUCAAGAUGACGAUCAACACACUGAAAAAAUUAAAUAUACGCGCCGACCUACGCCAAUUUCAGCAGGUACGGUCAAGCCGCCCAAUUCAUUCAAUGCUAAAGAUAAAGAUUCACGUAGGUAUGCUGGCAAGCGCUUAGCGGUUGAUUAUUCGACUUCAUCGGAGCAAGAAAACGAUACAGAUGAAGAUGAAAUCGAGGCACUAGUCACGACGCCACAAACUUCGCAGAUAACAACAAGUCGCAGCUAUCAAGACAUCGCUCGUACAUACAACCAGGUGGAAGAGAAAAUAGGAAACAACACUAAAUUAUUUAACGACGUUGGGGCAAUAAAACAGACAACAGUUGCUGAAGAUGAAUCUGUCUUUUCUAAUCAUGGAGACUCAAAAAUUAAAGUCACCAAUGAGACCGACCCAGCGUCAAACUCAAGUGGCAAACGUAACUACCAAAGCAUAAGUCGUACUUCUAUUCGCGGCAGUGUCGAUAAACAGGUACACUACACUUCAAUAAUUCGCGAUAGCAGUGGAGCCCAUUUGAGUGAAGAUCGCAGUUCUAGCUUUAUGCGCAACCUAGGUGAAGUGAAGCAGUCAGAAGACAAUCUGCCCAUACAACGAGGAGGUCUGAUUACGGAGACAACGAUUGAAGAUGAGAAUAUUGCAGCUGAAAUAAUUGACGAUGAGCCCCCUGUAGUGGCUCGUGGUAAGACUAUAGCGCCUGCUUUAAAUGACAGCUCUGACGAUAGCAACACAGCAACUGAGCAAGAAUCAAGGGAGGUAGCCACUGAGGGUGCAACUCUGCGAAAAAAUUUAUUGACAACGUUGCUUGCAAAUAAUGUCGAAAUUUCAAAGGUAACCACCCUCGGAACAGAUGUUGAAGCUGGUAGUGAAAAUAAUAAUAUUUCCAAAUUGGUAAGCACGUCUUCUGAGAUGGCCACAACCAUUCAAGAAUCUACAACGCGAUCUGUGCCCGAUAUUAAAAGCAGCACCACCACAACAACUGAACAACCGAAAUAUACUACGAACCUUACAACAACCACAGCAAUGCCACAGAAUACUAAUACGUCUGAGAUAGAAUCCUUAUAUAAGGAUAUAGCUAAAGUGGAGACCCAAACGAGCUUCACUGAGAAGCUUAGCACUAAAUCAGUUAACCAACACCCACGCCGCUCUUCAUUCCAAGUCCAAAUGACAAGCAGUACAGAGACGGCUCCGAAAACCAUGUCCACAACCACAACAGCAUUUACUACGUACACCCGACGUCCACCCGUUCGCAACGAAAUUAGAACGGCGAAAGCAACAACAGCCAGUACGACAGACGCAAGUGAAGAUCUUGUUAUUAAUAACACCACGCCGCUUUCAAGGCGGCGUGUCAUUGUCAGAGGCAACUAUCGACCCCGCAAGGAAGGGGAUCUCUCAUCUCUGUUAGCAGCUGAUGAAAACAAGCGUGUACGAAACAACGACCAGCAGGCGCCACAGCAAGCUUUUAAAAAGCAAGAAGUUACGGAGAAAAAUUAUAACACGACUGCGGUGCCAAAUAGUGAGGAUAUAAGUGGUAUAGCCGAUAAGAACUUAAUGCGUGCAAAGCUUAUCAAUCGCACUUCACUUGGAACUGUGCGCAAUCGCACCUCCAGCCAAACUGAAUCAUUGGGCAAUGGUUUAACACGCACGCGUACAACUUACGUGCGUACAAUUGAUAAUGGAAAGGUCGUAAAGCGUGUGCACACCAAAACUGUUCAAGAGAAGCCGGCCGAAUAUGAGUAUAUUUCUGAUGAGGUCAGUGAAUCGGUGGCCGGUACAACACCACGCACCGUAACACGAAAUCGUGGCUCAGUAAAGUUUCGUAGUAAUGAUCUGUCCUCAUUAUUGUCCUUGGACUUUGCUAUGAAAGGAAAGCAUACUAAACAAUCGCAGCCGACCGUGACAAAGACUCGCAGACGUUUGUUGAAAAAGCCUAAAGAAACUAUAGAGCACGAAGAAAUAAAGGAGUUUGUUUACGAUAGCGAUUAUGAUGUAGACAAUUCGGACUUAGAAACUACAACCAGGCAAAGUGCGGUGACUACUGUUCGCCCACGCUUGAGACCCACAAGACCCAGCACAACCAUAAGUCCGCCAACAAUAGCAUCAACGACCCCGCAAUCUAUAUUAGUUGAUAAUAAAGAUUUCCAGCGACCAACUUCGAAAACAACCACAGAGCAAUCUACACGUACGACUUCGACCAGACGUAAGCUGACCUUCAAGCGACCCAUAGCAACAACUAUACCGAGCGUUUUAACAACAACAGAAGAGCCAACAACAAGUUCGCAGCAGCUAGCUGCUAAAAAAAACUCUUUCCGUUUAAGGACCAGCAGCUCUACAACAACAACUAUAAAUAAACCUCCAACAACAGACAUCAGUGAUAACCUGAAUGAUCUACAAAGUAAUUUAACAAAUGGAUUGAACAGUAUUCAAACGGAUAGUAACAAAACUGACAUAGUGAGCAGCACGCCUGAGUCUGAACCUGGCAAGGAAACUAGCCAUGACGACAAGCUCUCACUGCCAAUUUAUCAUCGUCGAAAAUACUAUCAAUACGUGAAGGAUUCGCCCAUUACAUACAUUGACAAGACUCCAGCGCCAGCUGAUGUCGAGAACGUCACGGUAAACAUACAACAGCAAAUUCAUGAUGUUUUUAAUGUAAGUGACAAUGGGACGCCGACCAAUUCACUAGAGGAGGAUGAAAACAUUAGCAGUGAUGAUGACCAUCGUUUGGCUAUGGAGCAGGCGCGCGAAAUCAAUUCUGAACUGAGUCAUUUUUUAUUGAAAACCCCCGGGUCACUUUCCGUGGAAACGAACGCCGCCUUGGAUAUAAAUUCAUAUCGACAAGGCAAAACUUUCAAAUCAAAGCUGGCAACGGCAGGUCGAAACGAAACUAAACGCAUUAUACAGGUGUCCAUAUUAGCGGAUGCGCAGCGAGUCACAAAUGAUUCCCAUGCCUUACGUACUUAUAGCCGAUUAAAUCCCAAGCGUCCGAAGCAGACAACUAGUCCAGAUUCGGAUGAUGAACCAAAGGAAGUAAAUGAGUUAGAGGUAACCACGAAGAGUGCCCCUAGUUUCUCUCAGCUUUUUGGGGGCAGAAGAAUCAAGACACCAACCAUAGCAGGUCAAGAUAGCAACACGCGACGAGUUUAUGGUAGCUUUAAUAAACUGCUGUCGGCAACGACAUCGACGACUAGGGCGACACCUCGUCAAAAUCUUAGUAUCAAUCAAAGAGUGUCACAGGAAAACUCAACAAAUAGUGCAACCGAUAUUGAUAGUGUAACAUAUUCAAGUGAUGACCAUAGUGACGAAAACGAACUUCUGGCUGAGUUGGGUGAUGAAAAUGAAGUUGUCAGUAAUGUAGACAUGACUACCGUUACCAGUCCUACGACAACUGGAAUCGGUACUGCCGUCAUCAGCAAGGAACAUACGCUCCCCAACCGCUUUAAUACAACAACCAGCGGGAUGAGAAAUGCAAAUUAUGAAGAGAGUAAAGAAAUCGAGCAAUUUGAAGACAAUGUUGGCGUUACCAGCAGUCUCAAUAUUGAGGACCUUACAUCAACAACAACAGUCAAAACUGUUGAGAGUCCCACACCACGACGUCAGAUUUUGAAGCGUAACCGCUUAAAUACAGAUGUACACAAUAUAACAACAAAUACAGGUAUGUACAACGAUGUUAAUGCAGAAGAGAGUAGCUCUAACAAAAUUAAUGCUCCCGAUCAUGGUGUGUCCACGAGUGCAAUCACAGACACAACCUCUGAGCGACCUACAUAUCAGAGAAAACUCAUAAUACGCAAACGCUUGAAUGCGACGAAAUCUGCUUCAUCCACAAGGUAUGAAGGAAGUAACGAAGCCAAGGACGAUGGGGAAAAGUCCAGAAGUGGUACAGAAUAUACAACUCCAACAUCAGAAACAGAAAGCAAUGAAAAUACACGUUAUCCGUUUUUAAUUCGCCGUGGCAACACUACAACAAUAUCAACCGCAUCAGUUAAUCAAAUCAGCGAGGUCAUUGAGGAUGAAGACAUUUCUGAUGUAAUCAGUAGCUCCGGAGAUGGCGAGGUUAUCGGUGAAACUAUAGAAGUCACCACAUCAAGACGUAAUCUUCUGAUACGCCGCCGUUUCAAUGCAACGGAACCCACUCCAAAAACCCAGAGCAGUGCUGAACAGAAUUCAAAUACAGAAAAGUAUAUCUCUGUUAAUGGUAUCAGCUCCACAACUUUAGCCACAACUACUAUUAGUGGAAGAUCAUCACUACGACGCCAGAGUCUGGUACGUCGACGGUAUAAUUCAACCACAGCCGCGAGUCAAAAAAAUACUAACGAUAUCCAAGAAGAUAAAGUUAACUCUGAAGAAAUAAGUAGUUUUGGAAAUAUUAAAAUAACAACUUCAGUGGAAAGAAACAACAGAAACCGACCUACACCACCACGUGAUCUUUUAAAACAACGCCGUUUUAAUAAAACGUCCACAGAAGGCUCAGCAAAAGAAAUAACAACGACUGGAACGGAUAAAGCGGUCGAUGUAAGCACACGUCGUCCAUAUGCGACACUGAGCCGUACACGCAGUCGCUUUUCAGUCAGCAGAGAACCAACAACAACUGAAAAAUUAAUAAGCGAUACUGAUAGUGAUACCGACAAUGAUGCAAGCAUUGAUGAUAAUACUGACGAUAAAACGCCUGACUCGAAUAGCAUAACAGUACGUGGGGGAUUUCUGCAAACGAACCGUCAUCGGGCCUUAAUUAGACCUCAGCUAAGCCAGAUACCUGCUUCCGAAAAAGGACAACAGGACAGCCAAAACACUGGGCGGAGUCCUCCCAAUUUUGGGACACGUCGGACUUCAGCGCCUCGGACAAGAUUGAGCUCUAGUACACUUCGCAGUAUAGUAGCAGUCAAUAAAAAUCUAUAUAAUCGUGAGGAUGCCACCCAACAUGAAAAUCAGCAGUUAGAAGAAGAGGAAGACGAUAACGACAACAAUGUCGAAGACCAUGAAGAAGAUGACGUUGAGUUCGAAGAGGCCGUUGAUCAUAAUCCCAGCAGCAGAACUUCCAGCUCAAUUCUAAGCCAGUUACUUGCCAGUAGACAACGAAUUGCUAACACGAAUACAGAAACUGCAAAGACUAAAAACCCGACAAAAAUACUAACUUUGAUCCAAAGCGAACCCAGCGACAAUACCGAUGACGAUGACGAAGACGAAGAUGGAGACAACGACGACAACGAAGACGAUGAUGCAGAUAUUGACGACAUUCAGGAUAAUGACACUAUAGUACACGUAUCUGAAAAUAAUAUCACACAGCCUAAUAUUAGCAACUACACAUAUCAAAGCACCUCACAUAAAGUAGCUAGUCAUAAUUUUGGAACACCACGUGGUAAUAGCACCGUAGCUAACUAUUUAAAUAAUUCUUUUAAGUUUUCUAAUGCUAACAAAAACAACAACAGCACCGACAGCAAAAACACUUACACAAACAAUAAAUUUCAAGUCACAGUCGGUAAUGUUAAAAAUAACGAUAAAACUAAAGAUGAAGAUAGUCUAGAUGCAGAUAUUGAGGAGACGGAUAAGAAUAAUAAUGAUAAUGAGAGUGGGGCACCAGAGCGUAAAUUAAAUGACAUAGGUAAUGACGUUAAUUCUAAACGACGUUUUCAGAAUCGGUUUCAAGUGAGCCGCACAAGAGGGCCCACAACUACAACGACAGCCAGACCAACAGCAUCAACAACAUCGGCAAAAUCAACCACACGGCGUUUAUCUUUCGGCUCACGCAGUCGCGUACAGGUAACUAAAAUAUCUAUUAUCGAUGACGUAUCAACUGAAAAAACAGAAGAGAGCGAAGAAGAUGAAGAUGCAACUGAGACUACAACCGUUCCCACAACAAUCACAACAGCAACGACAACAACCGGCAAACCAAAACUAAAACGCAUACGCGUACUUAAAUAUCGGCGACCACUUCAGCCCAUUGAUAGUAGCAAUAGUACAGCCAGCACCACUAAUAGCGCCAGUUCCACUUACUCUGAGAACACCAAUCACACAAUCACAAUAGCAAACAAUACCACUAACCCAAUCAACAACACGCCUGCGAAAAAAUUCCGAAAGAUUGUGCGGAAACUUGGGCCAGUUGACACAACCAACGAUUCUAAUAAGCUAGCCACAAAAGAAGCAAGCAGUGAAGAUCAGCAGACAGUUGCUGUUGAAACAACUACAACCACGCGUAAGCCAUUUCUACCCAGCCACUCACGAUUCGGAUCUGCACAACAUGUUGAACUAGUGAAGGAUGCGGACGAAGAUAAUAAAGAUUCCCCGAAACAGUCGGUUCAGCCGGAGCGGCGACCUAUUGACUUACAGAGGCUUCGAAAUCGACUCAAAAAUCAACAGUCCCGUGGCGAGCCUACUGAUGGUGUCAUAAGCAAUAGACUGCGGGGAAAAGACCAAAAAAACAUCGAUGAGGAGAAUGAAAGUGACGGUAACUCUACAUUGCAGCAACUGCGCGAUAAAGUAAAGGCAGAGCAAGCACGUGGUAGUGGGGAGCAGGGUGUCAUCAAUGAUAGACUUAAGCAAUUGCUAGUCGAAAGAACGCCUUUGAACACCACCACUCCAGUCAACAUUGAUGAUGUGGAGCUUAAUGUUUCAAGCUCAACACCUGCGUCAUCGCAGCGUCCGGUUUUUAGACGCAAGCUAGUAGCCAAGCGCCCUUAUGCCCCACCAGCUGCCACCACACCCACUAAAGCGGCUCUAGUUUUUAGCAGCACACGACCCACAGCUAAGUUUGUGCGUCGCAAAAACGGACGCUAUGAUCCCUUUAACUCCAACGUACGAAACAAAGGCGAGGGCUUUGUGCGUAGCGAUCCUAGGGGUGCACGACUGCCAGGUGCCGAUCGGUUCAAGCAGGAGCAGAAGGAGGUUGAAGGCGACGGAGACGAUGUGGAUUACGAGCAACAGCAAGAGCACCCACAGCCGCUGAUAAAUACUACCCCGCUGGGCAGUCAGGUAGCGGUGAGAAGACCUUUUAUUCCCAAAAACAAACAACAUCAGCAAGAUCAGGAGAAUGAUAAAAGCGAAGAAGAAUAUGAUGAUGACGACGAAGACGAGGACGAAGAUAAUGAGGAUGAUGACGAGGAAGAAGAACAGCAAAGAAAACAACAAGGUCAAGAACCUGUUUCCAGCCAGGAGCAGCAGAUAGGGGAUAGUACCAGCAAGCCACAAUUCCAUACGCCGCCCACCUAUCGGCCCAAGGACAAUCGUGUGCCGCCCGGUAAUCGACCAAACUUUGCACCCACCGCCAGUGGCGCUAAUGCCAGCAGUGGUAAUGUACCUUUCAAUCCACGCAAUCGCCAGACCAAUUUCAGUACUAUAGGCAGUUCCUCCUCUGCGCCUGUCAAUCGCUUUGGUGGAAGCAAUCGCCCACGUGUGGUAAAUCGUCCUCCUGGCGUGGCUACUCCCAAUUUGACUCUACGCCCUGUGGCUAACAAUUAUGAGCGCACGACUCCAUUAACACCUCUGAAACCAGCUCCGUUCAUUCCCAGCAACAAUCGCAGUUACGAGCGCAAAUACACGGGUCCUUCAACAGAGACACCGGAGAUCACUAGCGAGAAUCCACUGAUUGAAGAUCUUAAUAUUGAUGCGCUUAAUGCACGCAAUAAAAAGAUCUUUGACAUACACAGCAAGAAGCAUACGACCCUUAAGCCGAAGGUAGCCGCUAAGACUGACGCAGAACUAGAAACCGAAGUGGUUGAAAGUGAGGAUGCCUACGAUCAUCUGCUACAGAGGCAGGGCUACUUGACUACCACACCAACCACACCAACAACAAAUCCUACAUCAACACAGUCAACAGACACCACAAACACUGAAACCGAAACUGCACAGCCACAAAUUGUGUUCCAUGAAUAUGCUAAUGAAGCCACAAACAUCUCUUCACCCCCACAGGACAAAGCACAGGCAACAUUGUCUUUGACAACGCUACCACCACCGCCAACAACGACGCUACUGCACGUAUUUACCCUGGUUGAAGGUGAAAAUGAAGAGGAUCUGGAGCCUACAGGGCGACCGCUGGGCAGUAAGACUACCGCUGUGGAGCCCAAGCAUAAGCUUAUCGAAAUCAAUCGCAUUGUAGAAAUUAACUCGAAGCAAGCCAAGGCCGCCCAACGCAAAUCCAAGGCCAAUCAAGAUUUUGGCGCCUUGCGCGUCGAGUCACUUCCUCAUGUGGAACAGCUAGGUGAGAUCAGUGUAGUGAAGUAUGUGCACUUGGUGGAUGGGAGUGAUAUCCAAAUCAACGAUGGCCACAGUACCGUAGCGGAUUACACGCCUACUGAGCCUAGCGUUCCCAAGAGCUCAGCUCCAGUGCGCAAUAGUCUGCCACAGACUGAAGGCGACUUCGAGUUGGAUCGCAGCGGCAAAUCGCUGCUACCGGAGGUCAUCCGUGGGGCAUUCGAAACAUCCACGAUUUCGCUUGAAGGGCUGUUUGACUCGGCGCGUAAGGCCAAACAGCUGAGCGUCGAUAGCAAUAACGCCGUCGAUAGGAAUGCCGACACCACGCCCCUCAUGGACUCAGACCUGGAUACAAUUAAUACAACUGUACCACCAACAGCUGCGUCUGCCCUGCCAGCCACAUACUCUGUCUCGCGACGUCCCGUGCUAAGCGUGCGCCGGCGAAUAAUCAACACGCCGACGGCAGCGUCUGAAUCAACCACGCAAACUGUAGAACUGACGACGACCUCUAAAUAUAAUCGUCUGCGUAGUAAGCCAGUCACUACGACAGCAGCAGCAACCACUAAAAGCAGCAACAGCAACCUAAGCAAACUAAAAAGUUCGUCAGCCACAUUGCCGCUUGCAGCUAGCAGCAACAGUAACAGCAGCAGCAUUGACAACGCGCAAAAACAACAUAAAUUCCAGGCAGCCAGCUAUGCAUUGCGUCGUCAGUUUCAGACGCGUCGAUUGACGACAACGGCAUCCUCGACAAGUGGCGAUGAAAACGCCACGGAUGCGCCGCGCACACAAAACCCGCUUUUUAAGCGCCGCCUAACGCUAACCUCUACUGCAACCCCACCACGAAUUUCGACCACAGCGUUAUCGAUAGAUACGACUACUUAUUUGCCUGGCAUGGAGGAUGAUGAUGAUCAGGUGGCUAGGUCCAGCAUACACACAAGUCGCUUCAAUCAAAUCUCGGAACAUUUACGUCCAGGCUUAAGCUUUGAGCUACCCAACAGCAACAGUAGCGUUGACGGAACCAAUACCACACGUGAGUCGCUUUUGCUAAUAUACUUUUAGUUUUAGAAACUCAUUCUUUCUUUGAAUUACUAUGCAGGUCGUCAGAUGAUACCACGCCCACGUCGGCCACAGUCCACCACACCCAUACCUGGUACAUCUGCAGCAGCAGUAACGUCGGCAUCAUCGCCGCCAGCAUCCCGCCGUCAGCAGAGCCGUCGACGGCCGCACAAGUACAUUGAGGUAUACAACCGGCCGCCUACCAAACCGGAACUGGCCACGGCCACAUCUGCUUCCAACCGUCGAUCAGGUGCUGUUGACUACGAGAUCUAUGAUCAAAGCCGCGCGAGCGUUACAAAGCAGUCGCGACGCCGCAAUGAACAAGCCCGUCUUCAUGUUCAGAGCCAGUCCCAGUCCAAGUCACAAACGCUACCGAAGGUAAUUGUACAUGGGCAAGGCAUCAUCGAGUGCCUGGACCAAGGCAAUUUUCCUCAUCCGCUCAGCUGUCGUAAAUUCAUUUCCUGUGCCAAAUUCGAUGAGACCGGCGGCAUUGUAGGUUGGGAGUACACUUGCCCCAAGGGUCUCGGAUACGAUGGCGACAGCGGUAUGUGCACCUGGGCGGCAACCAGCGAGAGAGCCUGUUAUAAUUGAAGCGCCUGGGAGGGGUCAAUGACUGAAUACACGCCUUUGCGGCCCAACGGCACUUCCAAAAAGAGUUAACUGAUUUUUUCUUGCACAUGUUUGCACAUAAUUUUUUAUUGUGAAUAGUUUUAUAUAUGUGUGUAACAAGUAAUUAUAUAGAUAUUUUAAUGUUAUUUAGGCGUUAAACAUGUAUUAUGUUUUAUUAUACCUUUAGAAAAGGUCUUGAAUCUGUCAGUCUGUUCGUCUGUAUAUUUCUAGGCACAAUAGACUAUUAUACAUAUGUAUAUCAGCUGGGCGGAUCAAAAAACCUGCCAUUGGAACAAAUUUGUACAUGCAAAGUUUGCUUCUUUUUCAAACGCCACCCAGCGAAUAUAAGUGUCAUUAAGCUCUUAAUGAAUGAGCCACAUAUCGUCACUUUAUAUCCCCUUGUUUAUGAUACUUUUAUUUUGCCUGUUUGCUUUUUUGUCCGUUCGUCAUGAAUCUUUGCAGAGGUCCGUCUUUCUGUUGCAGGCAGUAAAUAUGUCGGACCACUAUGUGAUAUAGCUGCCAUGGUAUUGAUCGGUCCAAAGGUAGGUUCUGUGAAAAACAUUUUGUUUAUCAAGAUAUCUUCAUAAAGCAAGGCAUUUAUUAAUUUCUCUAUGUUCCUUACAUAUAAGCUUAAUUUUAUCAAAAUCGGACUACUAUAUCAUAUAGCUAUUAUGGAAACGAUCGGGCGAAAGUUAAGUUCUCGGUUGACCAAACUCGGCAUUUAUUAGUUUCACUAUGCUUUUUACAAAUAAGCUACAUAUAGCUUCUAUACGAAAGCUCAGACGGAAAUUAAGUUCAAGGCUGAAAAAUAUUCUAGUUUAUAAAGAUAUCUUGAGCAAACUGGGCAUUGAUAAGUUUCACUAUGCUGCUUACAUAUGAGCAAAACCUAAUCAACAUCAGACCAACAAUCAAUUCUACAAGGGUAAUUAAUCUUCGGCGUGCCGAAGAAGUCCGCUCUUUCUUGUUUUUAAUAAAUGAACUAAUUCGUAUCAAAAUCAAAUUACUUAUAUCUCCCAUAUCUUCUAUAGUAAUAAUUGGUCGGCACACGAUCCUUUAUAUGGAAAUACCUUGUAAAUAAGUAAAGAAAUAUUCUGCAAGCCUGCUACAUAUAUAGGGUUAUUCCGGCACCACGAAUAACCACUUUUAUUUGUUCUUUUUUUCAAUUGUUAUAAACGAAGGGCUUGGUAACACAGAAAUUACGAUGAAUGUAAUAUUUAAUUAAACGUUUUACGAAGAGGCAUUUGCUCAAUAAAGAUAUAUAUAUAUAA